CCAGAGACUUGCCUUGCAAUGCCAUGUUUGUGUGUGUGCUGUAACUCCCGGAGAGCGAGCUGCGAGACAGCCGGCUCCCCCGCCGGGCUCGGCUAAUGUUCUCUUGUUUCUGUUUCAGCCUCCAGGAGAGUACCUUCAGCAGCGCCGCCUUAACCGAGUGUGACGAAGAUACAGUCUCUCUACAUGAAUGCCAGCCUGAUUGUUCCAGUCUCAGAGAUGAAAACAACAAAGAGAACUUCCCAUACACAGGAGCUUGUGUAGCGGAGCUCCUACUGCCCUCUUGUGAAGCCCAGCAGCAUGUAGAGCAGACCCUGCUGGUAGACAGAGUGCUACGACCCAGCAUGGGCAACUUCAAAUCCCGCAAGCCUAAAUCCAUCCUGAGAGCCGAGAGUGGCCACAACCAUGGAGACAGCCAGGUACCACUCAGCUGCUCAGACCUUGGCAACAACGAGGCUUCCUGGGCUCUAGAGGGCAUAGCCCAGCCUGGCAGGGACACAGAGCAUGUGGUGCCCAGCCAGUCAGAGUGCCAGGGCAGAGCAGGCACGCCAGUUCAUGAGAGUCCACAAAACAACAUCUUCAAGUGCCAAGAAACAGGAAGACCUCAACCGAGAAUAGACCAGAGGACUGCCAUUUGGUCAAAGGAUGCUUUUGAAACUCAGCAGGACUUAAAUGAGGAAGAAGUGGCCCAGGCGCAGGAACUUAAGGACCCAGUCCCAGAGCCCGCCCAGAGCGCGCCUGCCAAUGAAGAGGACUUUGCAGACCCCAUGCCAGUGUACAAAGACGAGCAGAUUGAGGCUGACGGCACACCUGAAGACCUCAUGUCUGUCGGGACCAGCAGGCUGUUGUACCACAUCACGGAUGGUGACAACCCGCUGCUGUCACCACGAUGCUCUAUCUUCAGCCAAAGCCAGAGAUUCAACUUGGACCCUGAGUCGGCCCCGUCUCCACCCAGCAGUCAGCAGUUUAUGAUGCCCCGGACUGCUUCUCGGUGCAGCGGUGGCGAUGGCAAGGAGCCACAGACCAUUGCCCAGCUCACCAAACACAUCCAGAGCCUCAAGCGGAAAAUUCGGAAAUUUGAAGACAAAUUUGAACAAGAAAAGAAAUACCGGCCUUCACAUGGUGACAAGACAUCCAACCCUGAAGUCCUGAAGUGGAUGAAUGACUUGGCAAAAGGUCGCAAACAGCUCAAAGAACUGAAGUUGAAGCUAUCAGAAGAACAAGGGAGCAUUCCCAAAGGCCCCUCCAGAAACCUGUCCUGUGAGCAGCCCACGGCUCCCAGAGGAAACGGGAAGCCGGGAGCUGCAGGUCCGGAGCCCAGCUCAUCCAGAGAGGAGACUUCAGAAGCUGGGCUGAUGGAGAAGAGUGAGCAGCUUCCUCCCCAAGAAGAAGCGAAGGCAACUAAGCAAGACAAGAACCUCAUAAAGCCUCUUUAUGACCGAUACAGAAUUAUCAAGCAAAUCUUCUCAACGCCUUCCCUUAUUCCAACAAUUCAGGAGGAAGAGGACUCUGAGGAAGAUGGUCCACGUGGAAGCCAACUGCCUUCCUCGCCAGAUCCAGCAUCCUGCCUUCCUGUCGGGGACCACCUCACCUACCCCGAAACUGAGCCUGCUAGGGUCCUGCUGCCAGAUGAAAAGAAAGAAGUGAAACAGCCAGCUCUCUCCAUGUCAAAUUUGCAUGAGGCCACCAUGCCCAUGCUUUUGGAUCAUCUCCGAGAAACCAGGGCUGACAAGAAGAGGCUGCGGAAAGCACUAAGAGAAUUUGAGGAGCAGUUUUUUAAGCAAACAGGAAGAAGUCCACAGAAGGAGGACAGGACACCGAUGGCAGAGGAGUACUAUGAAUACAAGCACAUCAAGGCUAAACUGAGGUUGCUGGAGGUUCUCAUCAGCAAGCAGGAUGUGGCCAAAACAAUCUGAGGCUUGGCUCUAAGACCACCUCCACCCAAGAUAAAGUCACACUUAUUUUCCUCUGCCAUUCUGGCUAAGUGAUUUUGAUGUACUAAAAAUGGAAGCACUUUAGUGGUAACAUUAGCUGUUCUUUAGAAAGAAGUGAGAGUAUAAUUAUAUAUAAAAAGGGAUUAAAUAGGGGAAAAUGUAACAGGUAACCUGUAAUUAAGAGAAAAAAAUUCCACCUUCUCCAUGUCAAGGAGACUAACCUGUAUUU